CACCUUGCAAACACGUUGGGUACCUCAAUAUCACAGUUAAUGAAAUCACAACCAGUCUACAGUGACGUGUUGGCGGGAAAUAUCUCAAUAGGCCAUGAAACUAUGUCAGCAUCUAAAAAUAGAUCACUGGACUGGUCCCGAUGUGCGGAAGGGUUUGCAGAUUUUAAUAUUGACAGUGGAAGUGCAACAAAAAAGAAAAUAGAGCCAGGGAAAAGAAAAUCUUCUGAAUCUGUAUUCAGUCAUGGAAAUAUAUUUGAAAAAUUGGCAUUUGGCUAUGAGGAAGACAAAAGUCAAAGUAUCACAUGGAGUUCAAGUGAAGAUGAGAAAGUGGAGAAAAUUGUACCAGUUGUGAAGAAACCUAAACGUCAGAAGACACCAAAAACUAGUGCACCAGCAAGACGAUCUACCAGAAGAAGCAAUAAAAGUCGAGAGGAAGUUUUACCUGAGGAUACUGUUGAGAUAACAGACUCUGAUGAUGCAGCAAAAAAUACAUCCCCUACUAAACAGUCACUGGAUGAUAGCCAGUCAAAGGCAAUACAGAAAAGGGCUUUAAGAAAUGAUGAGAUUAAUGACUCACUAAAAGAUACAGAUUUAAACUUGAAAGAUGGAAAGUCUAGAAAGAGAUCACAGAAAAAGAUGUUAUCUGAAGACAUUCCUGAGAUUAUUGAUCUACAGAAUGAUUCUGAUAUUGUACCAACGUCUCAGCCCACUCAGGAUGCUGUCUCUGUCAAGUCUGAAGAUGUGAUAGGUAUACAGGGAUAUGAUUCUGACGGUGAGAUGAACAAAGAUGAUGGAAAAUCUUCUAUAGAUCAACAGGAAUCAGUAAGUCAAGUGUCCAUAAAUGAGGACAGUUCCCAGAAUUCCACAUCUCCUGUUGCUGGUACAGGUGUAAAGGGUAGUGACUGGGUAAAGUCAUUACAGCUCAAAACUCCCAGUAAAUCUGAGGGUCAGACUGAUAAACCAGAGGUAGAAGAUUCUGCCAAGAAACGGAAGAAACAUUCCAAAAGUGGUUUAGCAGAGCAGUUGAGCAGACUUCAGUCAAGAGAUAAAUCUGCAGUAAGAAUAUGGAAUCAUCAACAAGGCAAACCAUCAGCCUCACAAGAUUCCAAAUCAAUUCAGCUCCAAGUGAUAGGUUUUGAAAACCUUUACUCUAUGCAGCUAGUAAAAUGUGUUCUCUGUAAGAAUAAAGAAGCUAGCCAGGCGGGUUCAGAUUUGAAAGAAAGUGACAUAGAAGAUAAGACAGAGGGUGAUGUACCACCAUCUAAGAAAUCUCGAGAUGACGACACUUGUAACGAGAGACUUGUAAUGUUUCCUGCCAGCCAAUCAGAACAGUUAAACCUGCAAAUUGGAAGUCAAUUUAAAAUAUUUCCACCAUGGCAGCAGCUAGAGUUAAAUGAUGGGCAGCAAAUAUUACUGUGUACAAAAUAUUGUCAUAUUGUACAUCAACCUGAUAUUACCACAGUUACGUUACCUUCCAAUGAUGUUGAUAAACUGACAAAUGUUGUCACAGCUUCAUGGAAUUGUCCAUGUGUUCAGGGUUUAUGUUGUUCUCAAACUCUUUGUCCAGCAUAUCAGUUUCCAUCAACUCCAGGACAAUUUCAGGAAACUGUACCGGCUCAACAGAGUACCUCCACUCAGGGUAAAGAUUCAAACUUCAACUUGCUCAAGUCUGCGGACACCCCUUCCACCAGUCAUUUAUUCACUGUCUCUUCUAAACCAUGUGAACCUUCUAUAUCUAAAACAGGAAGUAGUUCAAAGGAACCUGACAUUUGUGACUCCUUAUUAAAGAGUAUUGAGUCAUGUAGGACAGCUGUAGAUGGUGGGGGAGAUGGUUAUAGUGGGACAGUAUCAUUUAGCGGACAUGUUCAUAGGGCAGUCACUGUUAGAAAUGGCAGUUCUAAAACAAGAUGUCACCUGUUGGUAGAAGAUAAAUGCGGAAGUAUAUGUGAAGUGCAACUAUCAACAAAAUCUUUGGCUAGAGCUGACUUUACUACUUAUACCUGUGAGAAUAACACAUUUAAAUUCACUGGCCUUGCAGUACGUGAAAGGUUAAUCAGGGAUAGAAAUGAACGUCUGUUUACAAUGGUGGAUAGUGUAUGGUCUGGUAAAUGUGUCAUUGAUAGUCAAGAUAGUUCUGAGUCACAGAAUUUGAUGGGUCGAAUGGCUGAACCUCCAGGUUUCUGUUAUAUUCUUCAUGAGACUAAUAUGUCACCAUUUACUCUUGAAAAAUGCUCCAGCAAUAUUUUACCUUGUAAAUCUCCUGUAUAUAUACAACUGUCUGAGGUGUGGAAAUCUGAGGCUAUGAGGAGAACAUCGUGUGUUGUUAAAGUGUUCUAUAUACAUUCAAAGGAAAAUAUGACAAUAUUAUACGUAACAGACUAUAGUUUGAGGAGUCUUCACUCGUACAGUAUGAUACAUGUAUCCAGUGCCUGUGAUUUCCCAUCUAAACUGUCAUCUUUGUCAGAGAGGGCUGUACUCAUUCUGAGGGAUCUUUUUCUGAGUCAGGGAGAACUACAUGCUGAUGAAUAUACCAGUAUAUCUCUAUCAAAUGACAUGUUAAACGUUGAUGCUUCACUAAGUAGAGAAAUAAGUAGAUUACAGCAGGUGUCCAUUGAUGUAACAGAUAUACAUAAAGGAGUCACCGAAGAUGAUUUAUGUAUAAUCAAAGGGGAGAUAACUGAGGUAGACGAGGAUUCAGCAUACAGCUGGGAAGCAUGUGUCUACUGUAACAGUGACCAACUCCAGGAUGUAUCUUCUCAGGGAAAAAUUAAGUGCCUAGCUUGUAAGAAAACAUUUGAGGAAGCUGUAACAAAAAUGAAAAUGGAGGUUAUAGUUACCUGUGAGAAAUCCAACAUUCAGGUGAAAGUUGAUUUAGUUCAGGGGACUAUAGAGAAUCUGUUACCAGCAGAUGAAAUGGACGAUGAAGGCUACGAGUUAUCAAGUGUCCUUAGUAAAAAGAUAGGACCAUUAACAUGUGUAGUUACAUCCAGCAAUAGUGAUAUAUUUCAUCUUAAACAGAUUCAUUUGUUAACUUAAAAACACCUUUCAUUCUUUUUGAUACCAUUUACCAUGUUUAAUGAGUCAUUUUUUUUGUUGUUCAUUGAUUGUUUUAUUAGCACCACUUUUUAAAGAAGAAAAGUGAAGCUAUUGUACUUCUCAUUUGCAAUGGUUAAACUUUUCUUUAAGGUCCGCUUAAGCAAUUUAAGGUCCAUCAGUAACUAUUAAAGCUGUUCAUUUCAAAACGGCAGAUGAUCCUAAAAUUAUUUUUAUGUUAUGCCCCUUGUUCUAUGUUGCUUUUAUUUAAAGCUGCAUUUUAUAUAUAUACAAAAAAUUUUUGCUGUCAGCCUUAAAAUCGAUCAUUCUACAGUUUCAUUAACUUUUAUUUUUAACAGUAUAUUUGUAAAUCUAAGCAAUUAUUGUGCAAAAAAAAAUGAUUUUAAAAAGAAAAUUCCAUGGUAACACUUAAGGUGGUAUACAAAUUCUAACAUGCAAAUGAUUGCUUUAAUUAGAUCAUGUAUGCGCUUCAUCACAGUGUUAAACUGGACCAUAGCAAAUGUAAGAUUUUCUGUGCAAACAAACUUUUACCAUUAUAGUAUGUUCGUUGAUUUUCUAUAUAUGUUGGGGUGACCCAAAGGGCGGAGAUUCUGAAGCAAACAAAAAUUGCACUUUUGAUUUCACCACAAUGGGGUUGCAGACAUUUACUCUUAUAAAGCUCAUUUUGAUUGUCUAGAUACCAAAAUUAGAAUUGAAGUUGAUAUAAAACCUAUUUUAUUAACGAAAUGUAGCUAUUUCUGUUUUUAUCAAAUUUAUAAAAUGCAGCUUUAACUAUCAGGCAGUGAGAAAAUAGGAACGGGCUGGCUAUGGACAUGUCUUGUUCAGCUUUAUUUGUAAAUGACAUGAGGAUGUCAUAAUUAAUUAUUUUUAAAUCGGUAAAAAUAGUAGGGCUGCAUUAAAGUGAAACAAAUCACUGGUAUUCAUGUGCAGUGCAUUUAGGUUAAACUCAAGAGGUAAAAUUUACCUCUACUAGUAGUACAAUGUGUAUGAUAAAAUCCCCAUUUUGUUUCUUCCUUUUUAUUAAUCAGAUAUCAUAUGUAGCUCAUAUUGAGCUCAGGUGAGAUAUUUUGAUUAUGCUUUAUGAACUUCUUCUUUUUAUAAACACUUUAUAAAAACUUCUUCUUCUAAAUCCCAUGGCCAUUUUUGAUGAUCUGGUCCAUCGGACAAAAGAACAAGACUUUACUAUAAAAAAAAUUCAAAUGACAUGUUUUCUUGAAGCGUUGCACAAGUUUUGAUGAAAUUAAAGAGGGUUAAUCAUUGUGUGAUACAGUACCAAAUUUGACAACAUUAAUUUAGUCUGUUGAACAAAAUAGCCGGCAGAGCUAGAAAUAGAAAUGCACUUUGCACCAGUUCAUUUUUGACUUAAGGUGGCAUGCAAUAACAGAGGUUAUCACAUCUUGCAAUUAGGUGAUGAAUUUUACCAUGAUUCUUUUUAGGUGAGUAAUCCAGGGCUGUUAUUGAUCUCUUGUGUUCUUGUUAAAUACAAUUGUAAAAAAUCCAUGAAAUGAUUAAAAUAUCAUAUGCAUCUGAAUUAUUUUGUUUUAACAUUGAUUAGAUGUUGUAAUUUGGGAAUUAUUUUUUUAAUGAAUUGAUUAUUGCACUGUUUUUUGCGGUACUUUAAUGAAUAGUUUAAAAUAAAACUAGAUAGAGACAAAUGACAGAGGGCUAAAAAUUGUUAUAUUUUUUCAUGAAUUGUAAAUAAUUAUACCCCCGCACAACAAAGUUGUAAGGGGGGUAUACUGGAAUCAGCUUGUCCGUCCGGCCGUCCGGCGGUUUUUUCUUGUCCGCCCAAUAACUUAAGAUUCCUUUGACCCUUAGUCUUCAUAUUUGGCAUGGAGGUUAGUCAUGAUUAGUAGAUGACCCCUAUUGAUUUUGAGGUCACUAGGUCAAAGGUCAAGGUCACAGGGGCCUUGACUUCAAAAGGCUUGUCCGCCCAAUAACUUAAGAUUCCUUUGACCUACAGUCUUCAUAUUUGGCAUGGAGGUUAGUCAUGAUUAGUAGAUGACCCCUAUUGAUUUUGAGGUCACCAGGUCAAGGUCACAGGGGCCUUGACUUCAAAAAGCUUGUCCGCCCAAUAACUUAAGAUUCCUUUGACCCUUAGUCUUCAUAUUUGGCAUGGAGGUUAGUCAUGAUUAGUAGAUGACCCCUAUUGAUUUUGAGGUCACUAGGUCAAAAGUCAAGGUCACAGGGGCUUUGACUUCAAAAAGCUUGUCCGCCCAAUAACUUAAGAUUCCUUUGACCUACAGACUUCAUAUUUGGCAUGGAGGUAAGUCAUGAUUAGUAGAUGACCCCUAUUGAUUUUGAGGUCACCAGGUCAAAGGUCAAGGUCACAGGGGCCUUGACUUUAAAAAGCUUGUCCACCCAAUAACUUAAGAUUCCUUUGACCCUCAGUCUUCAUAUUUGACAUGGAGGUUAGUCAUGAUAAGUAGAUGACCCCUAUUGAUUUUGAGGUCACCAGGUCAAAGGUCAAGGUCACAGGGGCCUUGACUUCAAAAAGCUUGUCCGCCCAAUAACUUAAGAUUCCUUUGACCCACAGUCUUCAUAUUUGGCAUUGAGGUUAGUCAUGAUUAGUAGAUGACCCCUAUUGAUUUUGAGGUCAAAGGUCAAGGUCACAGGGGCCUUGACUUCAAAAGGCUUGUCCGCCCAGUAACUUAAGAUUCCUUUGACCCACAGUCUUCAUAUUUGGCAUGGAGGUUAGUCAUGAUUAGUAGAUGACCCCUAUUGAUUUUGAGGUCACCAGAUCACAGGGGCCGUGACUUCAAAAAGCUUGUCCACCCAAUAACUUAAGAUUCCUUUGACCCACAGUCUUCAUAUUUGGCAUGGAGGUUAGUCAUGAUUAGUAGAUGACCCCUAUUGAUUUUGAGGUCACCAGAUCACAGGGGCCGUGACUUCAAAAAGCUUGUCCGCCCAAUAACUUAAGAUUCCUUUGACCCACAGUCUUCAUAUUUGGAAUGGAGGUUAGUCAUGAUUAGUAGAUGACCCCUAUUGAUUUUAAGGUCACCAGGUCAAAGGUCAAGGUCACAGGGACUUUGACUUCAAAAAGUUUGUCUGCCCAAUAACUUUAGAUUCUCUUGACCCACAGUCUUCAUAUUUGGCAUGGAUGUUGAUCAUGACUAUAAGAUGACCCCUAUUGAUUUUGAGGUCACUGGGUCAAGGUCACAGGGACCUUGACAAAAAAAAAGCUUUUCUUCUCAAUUGCUAAAGAAUGUCCUGUCCGCAAUGUAUUGAUUUUGACAUUUUCACAUUUGAAGCAUGUAGAAUACAUAAGUUAGCAAUGCACUGGCUUAGUAACCUCAGAUUUGGCAGGGAGGUUGUCCUUGAGCUCUAAAUGGCCACUGUUGAUUCUGACAAAGUGGUAUGCGGGGGUAUUCACGCCAUGAUAGUGGCAGUUCUAGUUUACACAAAUUUAAGGGUAACAACUUUUGAAAAUCAUUUAUUUAAAUAUUUGUUGUAUUAGCACAACUAACAAAUUGUUGUUAUGUAUAUAUGAGGGCAUUCUUUCUUUUCAUUUAUUUUUUUUUUUUUUUUGAAAAUGAUUUUUCUGUAGAUUCUCAUGCUAGGUUUUGAAUUAUAGAUAAACUGUUUAGGGUUGUAAAAUAACAAUAAAGAUAAAAACAAUACAGGAUAAAAAGUGUGAAACAUUUACACUGUAUAAAUCAGGCAUUUCAACUCACAAAUGUCUUCUUAUAAAUGUAAUAAAAUUAGAAAAAUGUGUUUUUUGUUGUACCCUCAUGUUACAUUAGGUAAAGUGUUGGCAGCUUAUUAUAUUGUCUUUAAUAGUUCUUCUUUAUUUUUUAUUAUAAAGCAAUAAAGUUGAAAGUCCAAGA